GAUGGGUAUUGAAAUAUGCAAUUGCCUUUUCCGUGCCAGCCAGACAGGGGUCCAUACGGCGUUGUUCUGUAUUCCCAUCGGAACUUAAAGGGAAACUUUCACAAUGUCCGGAGUCUUGAUGUCCUGCAAAUGAAGGAGAAGGAUGUCCUCAAAUUCCUUGCAGCAGAAACCCACUUAGGUGGCACCAACCUUGACUUCCAAAUGGAACAGUACAUCUACAAAAGGAAAAGUGAUGGCAUCUACAUCAUAAAUCUGAAGGGAACCUGGGAGAAGCUUCUGUUGGAGGCUCGUGCCAUUGUUGCCAUUGAAAACCCAGCUGAUGUCAGUGUCAUAUCCUCCAGGAAUACUGGCCAGCGAGCUGGGCUGAAGUUUGCUGCUGCCACUGGAGCCACUCCUAUUACUGGCUGCUUCACUCCUGGAACCUUCACUAACCAGAUCCAGGCAGCGUUCCGGGAGCCAAGACUUCUAGUGAUUACUGAUCCCAGGGCUGACCACCAGCCUGACCACCAUUAAUAUGAUAAGAGCAUA